CAGCUCCUCUUGUCCCUGAGCGCAGAGGGAGAGCAGGAGAAUGGCUCGCAGGCUCCGGGAUUCACGGCACAGCAUUCCUACCAUUUUGGACUAAGUCUGGUCACAGGCACAUCCUCGCGUUUGGGUUCUCAGAGCAGGCGAUGAGCAGACUAAAUGAAGGGUGAAUGCCAAACUAGAGAAAAAGAGAUCGCCAAAAUGACAGUGGAUUUUGAAGAGUGUGUGAAAGAUUCCCCUCGGUUCAGGGCAACGAUUGAGGAGGUGGAGACUGAUGUCGUGGAAAUUGAAGCAAAACUUGAUAAGUUGGUGAAACUGUGCAGUGGGAUGAUCGAAGCAGGGAGAGCAUAUACCACAGCCAACAAACAUUUUGUCAAUGGGAUCCGAGACCUCUCUCAACAGUGCAGGAAAGAUGAAAUGAUAUCGGAAUGCCUCCAGAAGUUUGGAGAAAGCUUACAAGAAAUGAUCAACUACCACAUGAUUCUCUCCGAUCAAGCUCAAAGGUCAGUAAGGAUGCAGCUGAAUAACUUCGUCAAAGAAGAUGUUCGGAAGUUCAAGGAGACAAAGAAGCAUUUCGACAAGGUCAGAGAGGACAUGGACCUGGCGUUGAUCAAAAAUGCGCAGGCUACCAGGAACAAGACACAUGAGGUGGAGGAGGCUACGGGGACAUUGACAAUGACCAGAAAGUGCUUCAGGCACCUGGCACUCGACUAUGUUCUUCAGAUUAAUGUUCUUCAGGCAAAGAAGAAGUUUGAAAUAUUAGAUGCGAUGCUGUCGUUCAUGCAUGCACAGUACACCUUCUUCCAGCAAGGGUUCAACUUGCUUAAGGAGCUGGAUCCCUACAUGAAAAAACUGGCCACGGAGCUGGACCAGCUUGUGAUUGACUCGGCUGUGGAGAAAAGGGAAAUGGAGCAUAAGCACGCGCUGAUACAACAGCGGACUCUGCUACAGGACUUCUCAUAUGAUGAUUCCAAGGUUGAAUUCAAUAUUGAUGCUCCUAAUGGAGUGGUGAUGGAAGGUUAUUUGUUCAAGAGAGCAAGUAAUGCUUUUAAGACUUGGAACCGGAGGUGGUUUUCAAUACAAAACAGUCAAUUGGUGUACCAGAAGAAGAUGAAGGAUGCAUUAACUGUGGUGGUCGACGAUUUGAGGCUUUGUUCCGUCAAACCCUGUGAGGACAUCGAGAGGCGCUUUUGUUUCGAGGUUGUCUCUCCGAACAAGAGCUGUAUGCUGCAGGCAGACUCGGAAAAGUUGCGCCUAGCCUGGAUUCAGGCAGUGCAGGCCAGCAUCGCCACUGCAUACCGAGAAAGCCCAGAUAAUAACUACAUCAAUAGGCUGGACAGAACUGCAUCUCCAUCCACAAGCAGCAUUGACUCGGCUAGUGACUCCCGGGAUCGCAGUGUGAAGGGUGAAAGCAUCCUGCAGCGAGUGCAGGGCAUUGCUGGCAAUGACCAGUGCUGUGACUGCGGACAAGCUGACCCUCGAUGGGCCAGCAUCAACCUUGGGAUCACACUGUGCAUCGAGUGCUCUGGAAUUCACAGGAGCCUUGGUGUCCAGUGUUCCAAGGUUCGUUCUCUCACAUUGGACUCCUGGGAGCCAGAGUUACUUAAGUUGAUGUGCGAGCUGGGAAACAACACCAUUAAUCAUAUUUAUGAAGGAAGAUGUGAGGAAUAUGGACUGAAGAAACCACAGCCUACAAGUACAAGGCUGCAGAAGGAAGCCUGGAUCAAAGCCAAAUAUGUAGAAAAGAAAUUCCUUAAAAAACUGCCUAAUGCCGACGCACUCACAGAUACUGAACGGAAACCACGGCGAUGGAGUGUCAAGAAAUGCCGACGGCACAACAGUUCCACCAAAGCUCCGACAGCACGCAGGAGGUAUCGGCAGGACACUGGCAGUGUAUCGCCAGCAACAUUCGCAGCAGCAGCUGCACUGGAGAGAAAAUUUCGAAGAGACUCCCUGUUUUGUCCUGAUGAACUUGACUCGCUGUUUUCGUACUUUGACACUACAUCUGGGCCCCGUAGUUUAAGCAGUGACAGUGGCUUGGGUGGCAGCACCGAUGGCAGCACCGAUAUCCUGGUCUUCGGCACAGUGGUGGACAGUGUCACUGAAGAAGUGAGUGAGGUCUCUGAGGAGUCGAGCGGUGAGCCAGAGAUUGAGGCAGAAGCUUCCGACUCUGAAGAUCUCCGAGAGCUACACCCUGGCAUCCUUGUGUACAAGGCAGCACAAGCUCGCAAUCUGGCUGUCAUGGCUGAGGCCUUGGCUCAUGCUGCUGACGUCAACUGGGUCAAUGACGAGGAUGAGAAUAAAACUCCGCUCAUUCAAGCAGUCAUUGGGGGUUCACUUGUUGCUUGUGAAUUCCUACUUCAAAAUGGGGCUGAUGUAAAUCAAAAAGAUAUUCGAGGUCGUGGGCCGAUCCAUCAUGCCACCUACCUGGGACACACUGGUCAGGUCUGUCUUUUUCUCAAACGAGGAGCCAGUCAGAAUGCAGUGGACGAUGAUGGGCAGGAUCCACUCAGCAUUGCUGUUCAAGCAGCCAACGCAGACAUUGUGACUCUAUUGCGACUGGCAAGAAUGAAUGAAGAGAUGCGGGAGACUGAAGGCCCAUUUGGCCAGCCAGGUCAAUAUCCUAGCAGCAGUCCCACUGAGCUUCAGUACAGGAAGUGCAUUCAGGAAUUUAUCAGUCUAAAGAUAGAUGAAUGCUAGGGAAACAGCACUAACUAACCUGAUUAGGUGACGUAGUAAUGAUAAACUGGGCCUCUUUUGAUUACACAUUUCUCUUAUGGAUGGUGGAGCGAUGAGCUGUUUAUUUUUAUGACUGUGUACGCACAGCUAGCACUGAUGGUGAAAGAAGAAAAGGCAGUGCUUAAAGUUUAUUUUGUGUCGUGUGAACAGAUGCUUUAUUCACAUUUUUCAGCCUCAAUGUGGUUACUAUAAAGCAUGGAGUUAAGUAAUCACUGUAGAAACAUUCCACUCUCUAAGGGUUAAUGUCCUCAGUUGAUCAGAGGGCCGAUGCGCUCCAUUACAUGGCACCAGCCCAUAAUGGUCAGCAAGUCUUUGCCAAGCUGCCAGGUCUGACUAGGUGCAAAUAGAGAUGCUCCAAUUGAUCUCGAGACCCCUGGGUGAGGGAGGACAAAUUCAGCCAAGGUUCCCAUUCCUGACAGUUAUCAAGUUGAACAGGAUUGGGUUCAGCAUUGAUCCUGUACCCCACAUUACCACUUCCCCACUCAAAGGGUUUGCGAGCACCCAGUCUCUAGUACAAUUACAUGAUGUACACAGCAUUGCUGGUAGCUGUGAAAUUGUACAUCCUGAAUCAAUGACUUUUGGACAGCAGGGAAGGAAAAACAAAGAAAAACAUAGCUGGGGUUGAGAUUUUCAAAUUUUAAAUUUUACGUGUUUAAACUAAAUUAAAUUAAACUUUAAAAUAUUAUGAAUUUAAAUAGGAAGUCUGUCUCAGCCCCUCCAAUUAAAACCAGGAUGCUCAGUUAAGUAUGUGUACUAUAAAUUUCUGAUAACAAAUCAAAAACAAAUAGGAGUUAAAUGUUCUUCUAUAAGGCCAUAAAUAUUUGUUACCUUAUUGCCUGCAUUUAGGAAUUGAUCAUUUCCUUAGAGCCUGGUUUGUAUAUUUUUUUAAAAGCUAUCUGUUUUUAAUGUAAUUCUUCUUGGCUCUUUUCUGUUGGUGCCCUACAGGGCAAACUGGGUGUGUCCAGGUUAACAUUCACACCCUUGCUUAGUGUGAUACAUUCCCAAACUGAUUUAGAUCAGUCACCUUGCCAGCUGCAGACAAACAAAGCUGCCAACAAUUCAUAAGUAAAAACAGAAAAUGAUGGAGCAACUCAGCAGGUCUGAUAUCAUCAGUGGAGAGAGAAGCAGAGUUAAUGUUUUAACUCUUCUUUCAGUACACUUUCUGUUUUAUUUCCAGUCUGCAGUACUUUGCUUUUAUUUGCUAAUAUUCAUGAUUUUCAAGAGGAAGUCCAGCACAGUGAACUAAGUGGGAAUCUCAUGGUAACACCCAAGGAAUUGGGGUUGAGAGCUUUGGCCUUGGAGAAAAUUAGGUAUUCGUGGGUUUCCUCUGGCCGCUGCUAACUGGAAGUAGAUAUUGCUGCUAACCAUUGACACAUCCAUAGAUAGUUUUGAUGAGCUUGAGGAGUAAGGUCCAGGAAGCCACAAAGGAGAUUUUGUGGGGAUGCGUUACAAUGAAAGAAAGAAUGUUUUUUUAAAAGCACAGAGGGAAGAAUUUAAUAAAUAUUUUACCAAACAAGUCUUUCAGUUUAAAAAAAAAUCAAAUUAUUUUAAAUCAUUUGUUUCCACUGGAAACUGUUACACAGGUCACAUAUAAAGAAUUAAACUUUGGGCAAAAUCUUCUCUGCUUUCACCAACUCUGCACAGGACUGAUUAUUUCUGAGGCUGUUAGGCUGAGAUGAGAAGCCUGGAAAUCAUGUGUUCUGAUUUAGUUUUACGAUUGGUGCUGCGAAACUCAUUGCCUCAGUUACAGAGAAAAAAUCCAAUUAAUCAGCAAAUGCCUGCCAAGCAAGAUGUGGUCCUAAAGGACUCCCUUCAAUAAACUCAAUUUUUAAGCAGCCAGGGUUAGUUUGCCAAUGAAUUACUAUUAAAUAACUUGAAGUGGCAACUAAAUAUUCCUUUAUAUUAUAUUCAACUUUUCUAUGGUGAUGAAUAUUCCUGGAGAUGCAAAGGAAUAGGGAAGUGUUGAGCCAUAUGAACUACUUUGAUCUUUUAACUAAUCAAACAUUGCUUUGUUGAGAUGCUGCAUCUAGUACUGUAACCAGAAACCUGAGCAGGUUAGAAGAAAGUUGAUUGUUUUCUGUAAUUGGGUUCCAUGGUAACACUGACCUUUUGUUUUAAUCUUGAUGUUGUAAUUAUUAUAAACAGACCAGGUGACCUUAGUUACACAUAUAGGACAGAAUCUGCCCUUGUGCCUGUACAGUAGGUGUCAUGUGUUGAUGUAUUGCUUGAUAUAUUGAAAAAGGUGGUUACAACAUUCUGUUCCUCAAAACAAAAUCACACAUUUUAAGGGGGAAAUCGAGUUCUGUAAAUAUUAAAAUGGAGUUUUGUUCUGGUUGGGACAAUUUAUUUAAAAUGAAAUAGAAUAUGAAUUAGAUUUUAUGUAUAAAACAACUUUGUGCACUUUUCCUACCUACAGUAUUGUUUUCUGUUAACUUUGUGAGUUCUCUCAACAGUGAAAGUGUUGUUUUAAAUGUUUAUUUAUAUGAAUUGCCCAGAGGAAUAGUGCAAUGAAAAAAAAAUGAAUACAGGUAACUGUGUUUAUUGUUGGAGAUUUGUGGGUUUUUUUUGUAACACCAUAGAGUGUAUUUUUUUAAAUUGACACACUUUGUUUUGUAUUUGGCACAGUACAGGCAUAAAAUGUCUCUGAGCUUUUAUUUAGUGUGACGCACCUGUGCAGAUUUCUACUGCUUAGUUUAGCAUAGAUUACUAGAGCACAUGGCGAGUUCUCAGUAGAUCUCUUUUAAUGCAUUCUGUGUAAACUGUUUGAUUUGCAACAAAACCUGGAUCAACAGGUCCCACAGGUACAGUUUCAACAAAAAGUAAUUGCUUUUCAUUUUGAGAUUUUUUCUUCUACUUCCUGUGUAUAGAGCGAUAUUUUCAAAUUGAUUUGUGACUCCCAGCAUCUCUAAUUAAAUGCUGUGCAUAACAUUGUUUCAUAGCCUAGUGCAAAAUCCUUGCAAGUUGUAAAAUGUGUCUUUUGGCAGAAAGCAACAGUGUAAAAUAUUAAUAUACAUGACCAUCGCCUCUCACCCUUCAAGCUCCAUAAAUCUGCUGCUCGAAAUAUGCAGUUUCUUUAUCUGGAACUGAGAGAAUUGUCAGACUUGGGAUUCAGUACUGUAUCCCCUCCUACCAGCCCUUCACUGAUACAAAAGCAACUCAAUGCUGUUAGCGGGUUGGGCAGAUGAUCUCCUGUUAGGAGGGAUAACUAUGUUCGGAAUUAUGGCUGCAUCCUCCCACCUUGUCACACUGCAGGAAAGUACAUGAGACUGGAGAAUCUGCCAAAAUGUUAGUGUCCAACAUUUCAAUGGUCACAUGGCACAUGUGCAGCCAACUGUCAAUUCCACAAACAAGUUAGACUCCCCCACAAGUAGCAAAACUUCACAACAAUUCCACAAUUCAACAUGAUGAAAAAUAAUUUCAUUUGUUCAUCUGUGUGAGAUCUUUAGGCAAAAGUUUACCAAGAGUGAGCAUUCAGCAGCUAACUUCAGGGCUCAAACAGUGCACUUUCAGGAAUAUUGAUCCUCCCUCAGGAAGUCUGACCUGCCUUGAAUUGACUGUUAGAGAGAGCGGGAGUUUUUAUAUAUGACACUGAUUUGAGUUUACUCAAUCCUCUCCCUAAGUAUAACUAAGGCUGUAUGUUUCAAAGCUUUUUCUUAAAUAUUCACUCUGUGUGUAUCACUGGUAAGGCCAGAAUUUCAUGCCCCAUGCUAAUUCCCCUUCAAAGAUGAUCAAUACAAGUGCUGGAUCAUCUCAAAAAAUAUUUAAGAAUCAACCACAUUGCUAUGGAACUAGAGUCACCUAAAGUCCCAGACCAGACCAUGAUGGCAAGUUUCCUUCCCUAAAUAGGAUUUAAAGAACCAUCUGGGUUUUCACAACAAUCUGGUAGUUUCGCUGGCAACAUUAUAGAUUUUAGCUUUUUCACUUGAGAUUUAAUGUCACUGGUUUAGUGGGCUUCGAACCCAUGUCUCUGGAUUACUACUCCAGUAACAUCACUAUCUGUUGCUAUAUCUAAAGAUUACCCCACACAUAUUUAAAUCGCUGUGCUAUCGAAGCUUUCAACAUUUCUUUCUCAGUUUCAUUUCUAUGGUAACAAUAUUAUCGUUCUUUUUCUGUUUGCAGGUGUUGAAUUUAGUCUUAGCAAAUAAUUGAUGUUUAUCUUGAACUAAUACCACUUCACAUUUCAGCCCUAAAAAAGUAAGACUUUUUAAAAGUUGUCAACAAAUGUGAGGGAUACAAUGUGAUUGUGCACGGUUACAAAGGUGUGGCUGAAUUAUUGGCCUUAAAAAAUCCACUGGUUUCAUUUGGUAAGGAAGGAUUCAAGGUGAUUAUAAAAGUGUGUCGCCUGAAGGCUCCCGAUAGUCUGGCAAGAGAACGCCCAGUCCCUGAAAGGACACGCUCCAACAGCAUCUGUUGGGCUGAGAUUAAGGAGUUCCUACUUAUUCAGCAGGCUGAUUGGUAAUGUUGUCAAGAUGCAGUUUUUCUUUUUCUCUGGCAGAAACCACUGGCCCAGUGCCAAAUCCCUGAAAACACUCAACAUACACACACACACAUUUACAUUCUGUGCAGUCCCUAGAGACAGCCCCAAACUGUAAUAAAUCAGGGUAGAACUCAAGUCUCCAGAUUCUGUAGGAGUAAGGCAAACCAAACUACUGCUGUUUAAGCCAUCUGUGUAAAUUGGAUGUGGUAUCGGUGAUUGUACGUCGAAAUGAGGAUGGAGCACAAGUUCUCUGCUGAACUUAGAUGCACAAUUCGAAGGAGUCAAACUUGCUGUUCCACCUUCAGAACAAUCUGUUUUGAAGAUGCUUACAUUUCAUCCAUGUCUCCAUUCAAGUCAAUGAUGCUUCUCUGGCAAGGGCAUAAAAUAAGGGUAAUUAUGUUUAAUACAGUCAUUAGUAUCAGUCAGUUUUAAUGAAAUAAAUUGGAGAGCAUGUUGCCUGGGCUCAGAAUCUGUCAUGAGAACCUACUUCCCUGAAAGUAGAUUAGUAAUUUUUGCUCCUUAAUACUUUAUCAAAGAAACUCACAAAUAAUUAAAGACAUUCCAAUACAGCAAUCCAUCACCACAAUAAUCCUUUAGGAACUGGGAUAGAUAUUCUAUAAAAUGGAGGUGAGGCUAUUUGCGCUGGAGUUUUUAGAUAACUUGAGGUGAAAAGGAGAGGAUUUUUGAAUCAGGCAGAAGGUAUAAUCUGUACAGCUCCUACUGUGUGCUGUUUUCUGAUCUGGUCUGCUAAAACUUACAAUCAUAGUUCAGUGUAACUCUGCUCAUGUGCGGAGACGUUUGAAAAGUUAAUUCUGACAGACGUGGUAUUCCAGACUUCACUCCUUUUUAACUUAAUGCUCACUGCAUUGAAAAAUAGGAACUUUCCAACCUUGAGCAUCCACAGUCCUUAGUAAGUGCACUCAGGAAUAGUAGAGUUAGGUUCAGCAAAAGCUCUUUCACCAAGCCUCAUAAGGGGCCACAAACUCACCUAAGCUGCCUAUAAGUGGAUGAUGUAAACAGAUUCUCUGGAGCAGGGCAAAAGCAAUCUCACAUAGAACCUGUGCAAAGAAACUCUUAUUUACACAGCCUGGACUGGCUCUGAACCCAGGCCAUCAGAACACACUGUAUCACCUGUCUUCUGUAAGAGACUUCCUGAAGGAAUCAGGGUGAAUGUUGGGGAUCGGUACAGACCCAUAAAGGCUCUGAUAAGACUGCCACUUUGUAAACUUCUGUUUGUUGAAAAGACCACGACCAGACAUAAGCCACUUUUCCCCUCCAUGCUAGGAUAAACCACUAUAUGACUGUUGGAUAUGGGGCUAAUUACAGGGGAAAAAUGGUUUCCAAUAUUUAAAAAAAAUUCAGUAAUUUUUACAAGACAAGUGAUUUACUCUAAAGUCAUUUACUCCACAAUCAAUGAGGCUGUUACUUCCUGCCAAAGACUGAAAAAAAGACACAACAUUGAAUCUAGGUUAGCAAGAGACUGAUCAAUCCAGUACUCAGUUAAUGGAAUGUAAGUUCAGAUUUUAAAACAGGACCCCCUUCCUUGUUUUGUGGUUUAGUUAGUAACACACUGUCUGUAUGGAAUGGAUCCUUCCUCAUCAAGCAGGUCCUAGCUUCAAUAUGGAGUUUACUAAUUUUACGUAGGUCUGUGGUGGGUGUGAGAAUUGGCCUGCAGUUGACUGGGAGGGGGUGGGGAGGGUUUGUUUGGUGAGCACAGUGGGAUGGAAGAAGGGGGUUUUGCCGUUCAGAUCAUAUUCAGUAAGUCCUGCUAAAAACACACGUGGACACUGGGUGGCAUCUGUUGAGCAAUCCUGUUUCUCAAUCAUAUAACCUGACAGGCACCCACUGGGUGAAGGAUAACCCAACCAGAGGUGCCUUUCAGGGUAGGAGAUACUCUGGAGAUUGGACAGGGAGGGGUUUGUCGCCAAGUGGAAUUUGGGGAUGGGGAUAAUUAAGGUGCAUAGUUGGAUGUUAAUGUCAAACAAUGAAUUGGCAAAACACAACAGCUAGUUAAGUGUAUGUUAGAUAUCGUAGAAAGUACAAACUUGCAGUUUAACUAAAGUCUUUGUGAAAAGUUAUGUAGAAAUACUGUAGGAUGGAGUCUUGCUGUACAGCUGUAAAUAUGCUACGCAACUUAACCCUCUUACUGCCUGCUUUUGUCAUGAGCUUGUGCUAGCUUUCCCUUAUCUGUACUGAAUGUUGUACUCUGAUGCAUUCUGCAACUGAAUAUCUUUGUAAAAUUUACACUUUUGACUGUUGCCUUGUGUCUGCUUUCUUAUUGUCUUUUGAAAAACUGUUAAUAAAUUCAGUUUGAAAUCCUAA